UUGUAGUGUAGUCGACACAUCGUUGAACCACAUUUGAUCAGCAUCUAUGUGGUUAGCGAGUUCUAUAGUCGAUAUAUCGUCGGACUGGUGUCUAUAUCCUAUAUAAAUGCCUGGAUUGGGUUUAAUGUAGAUGACGUUCGAUGGACCAAGGAUAAGGAGCGUAUUGAUCAUCACUGUUGGUUAAUAACUAAAGCAAACUGUGGAUUCUUUCUGCGGAGAAUAUUUGGUGUAUAUUUAUAUAACGUUAACGAUCUAUAGCUUGAAGUGCAGACGAGAGAGGUUGACCUAUACAGCGCUAACCAAGUAUGGCGUUAUUGAAUUACAAGAGUUACGGAGCAUCGUGUUGGAGAUAUCUAAGACGUCGAUCGUCCAUCGUUAAAUUAUUUCUGUUUUGUGUGGCCUUAUUUUUCUCCAUGCUGAUAUUCAAAGAUGAAAUUCGAAUAUUGUCCAAAGAGGUGAGAUAUGUGGAUGCUACAGAAGGUGAAAAACGACCCAUAUCUUCCCCGUUCACCCUUUUAAGAGAAUCUUUCUCCAAACCAUCUAAAAACCCACCCUACAUUUACCAUGCUUCCAAACAGCUAAAGAGAAAAUUACCAUCUUUUACCAUCAAAGAGAGUCCCGGUCCUUUGACUUAUUUAAACAUGACGCCAAUAGCUGAGGAACAAGAAAGAAGGAUUGAAUUGCUCAAGAACAGUUGUCAAGGCAACGAGGAUCGGUAUCAAGGAUUAUCCAGCACGAAGUGGGCCUUUGAGAGGAUCGAGGUGGAUACUAACUCGCAUCUUGUCUAUUGUCCCUUGUUAAAAGUCGGCUCUACGUUUUGGCGCCGUGUUUUUUAUGCUUUGAGAACAAAGUCAACCAUUCACACCCCCUACGAUAUCAGUAUUAAAACAGCGUUAUCUCCAAACCGGAACCGUAAAACGUUAAAAGAUUUGCAUGUGUCAAAUGAUUCUUGGAGAUUUGUUGAAGAGGCGUCGAAAAUAAUGUACAUCCGCGAACCAUAUGCCCGACUUCUCUCUGGAUAUACGGAUAAACUUUUUGCUCCGAAUCCGUACUUUUGGGGCAUCAUUGGGAGAUAUAUUAUUAGAAAUUUUCGGAUUAAUGCGACUGAGACUAGUAAAAGAUGUGGUCAUGACGUGACGUUUUCCGAGUUUGUAAAAUAUGUGAUUUAUACGGAAGAAUAUAAUAAACCUGAAAGAGACGCCCAUUUUACUCCUGCUUACGAUCAAUGUAAGCCGUGUCAAGUUCAAUUUAAUAUUAUUGGUAAAAUGGAAACCUUUUUUCAAGACACGUCAUAUGUAAUGAACAAAAUAGGUUUUAAUGUUAGUAAAGAGCUUUUAAAGGAGUGGGCGAAUAAAGCCGAAGAGGACGCGAUCUUUGAUUCUACGGCGAGUCCAUUUAGCUGGAAGAAAGGAAUCUCUAAAUGUAUGAGUAUGUAUCAGGCCGGAAAACGAAUAUGGCGUAAAAUGCAGAUAAGAGGUGUUGUGGAUAAGAAAAUACCGUUACCAUUUGGAACCCACAAAAUGAAUUCCGUUUCUUCAACCAAUUUCAUAAAGGCUUUAAUAAUGUCUAGAAAAAAAUCCGAGCAUAAUAGAAAAAAACAGAAACGAGAAGCAUUAGUUGAUGCAUUUUCUCAAGUUUCUUUAGAAGACAAACUUAAACUAAAAGAACUAUAUUACCCAGAUUUUGAACUAUUUGGUUACGAUCCAGAACCAAAAGAUCUUUUUGAAACACAAGAUAGGCGUACUUUCAGGACAAAAUAUUUUAAUUUAAAUGGGGUCUAAAUUCGGUGUAUUAUGUUUCAAUAAAAUGAGAGGGGGUGGUGUUUUUAGCCUGUGGACUGUGAUAAUGUUAUUAUAUUGGCAGAAAUUAUUUUGUGUUACGUUAUACGUAGAUUGCCAGUGCAUGCAAUACGGUAUUAGUUGGGGUUUUUUGUAAUGAUUUGGUGUCACUUCCAGAGAUGUGUGACCUGUGUUGUUAUUGUUAUGGCUUUUAUAAAGUCUUAUAUUUUGUGAACAUAUUUACAAAAUUAAAAUGUGGAGGUCUGUGUGAAAUUCAUCAGCAACUAUUUUUUUCAUAUCAUCAAUAUUUCAUCGUUUAAAGUGACUAUAGUUUCGCCUUAAUACGUAGAUAAGAUUCUAUUUUCUGCAUGAAAAACAAAACAGGAUACGGUUACGAAAAGAAGGCUACAGGUACCUCAUUGACCGCUUGAAAGACUAUACCGCACUGGAAGUUUUUCACUAGGAAUGGUUCAAUGAAUUUGGGUUAAUCGUUGAAAGUCUUUUUUAUCAACGAUCUAUUAUAUUUUGUUUAUAUUACUUUUUUGGUUGUAUUAAUAUUUAUUAAUAUUUAAUAUUAAUAUUUAAUGUUUUACUUGUAUUUGUUAAUCUAUAUAAAACUGAAUGUUAUUUUUGCUCACUGUCUAUUGGAGUAAACAAUCAAAAAAUAAAACGGAACGGUAUAAUUGUUGGUAUAAUUUUAAUCAACGCAGGGCCCAUGAGGGGGCGGGGGCAGCUGGGAAGGGUCCGGGGCUAUGCUGAGUAACGUUUUUUUUUAAAAAAUUAACAAAAAUUAACAUAAAAAAAUGUUACUUGAUCGUAAAGUAGAAGAACAGUACUGAUGAAUUAAAAACGAUUAGCCACCUGCCCCCUUCCGUUUGAAUCCAUUUCAAAUGAUUUUGGGUAUUGAAAAAAAAAUAAAUAAACGAAUGGUUUAUGUGAUGAAUAAAAUUCAUUUUGUUAUUUGGA